AUGCCGUCGAUCUGGCGGCCGAACGUGAGAGUGACCCUCGACGAGGAUGGUGAAGUCGAGGACACGGAGAGGGGGGGAGAGGAGUUGACGAAGAAGGGCACGAAGCGGAAGAGAGCCCCUCCCACGAAGGGACCGUGCGAGCACGGGGUGAAGUAUCGGUCGCGAUGCAAGGUGUGCGGUGCUUGUCCGCACGGGAAGUGGCGCAGUCGAUGCAAGGAGUGCGGUGGGUCUCGAAUCUGCGAGCACGGUCGUCAGCGCAAUCAUUGCAAGGAGUGCGGCGGCGCAUCAAUCUGCGAGCACGGUCGUCAGCGCCACCGGUGCAAGGAGUGCGGUGGUUCAUCAUUCUGCGAACACGGUCGUCAGCGCUCUAAGUGCAAGGAGUGCGGUGGGUCUCAAAUCUGCGAGCACGGUCGUGAGCGCUAUGGCUGCAAGGAGUGCGGUGGGUCUGGAAUCUGCGAGCACGGUCGUAUACGCUUUCAGUGCAAGGAGUGCGGUGGGUCUCAAAUCUGCGAGCACGGUCGUCAGCGCUCUAAGUGCAAGGAGUGCGGUGGUGCAUCAAUCUGCGGGCACGGUCGUGAGCGCAGAUACUGCAAGGAGUGCGGUGGGUCUCAAAUCUGUGAGCACGGUCGUCGGCGCUCUUAG